AUGUCAGAACCGAUUGGAGUUUCGAUUCGCACUGAAAACUCUACGCAUGUCCCAAUAAGGUUAGUAGUACAGUAAUCUAGGAAUGUGAUUUUAGUAAGAUAUUUGAUUGAUCAAUUUCAGAGAAGCACUCACAGUAUUGGAGAGUCAUCUCGGCUUCCAAGUGCAAAAUCCUGGCGUUGGGCUUGCUCCUCAUUAUUUGCGAUUAAUGGAAUGCGGCACGAUUGUGAGUUUUUCUCUUGUCAAGUUUUUACAUUUUCAGAUUGUUAUUGCUAUGCAUCUUGAUCUUGAUUUUGAGCAUUGAAUGAUUUUCAACAAGAUUUCAAAAAAAAUCACGGUGAAGAUUUCUUUAUGGCUUGGAGCAAGCACUCACCAGAAAAAUCGAUAAAUGUUAAAAACGUUUUCAGUUUUAUUCUGAUAGUGAGAAUGGUUUCUUGAAAAUUAUUAGAAUAAAAAUGGAAAAAAACAGAAAAAUUAUGGUGAAGAUAGCUUCAAAUAAGGAAUAUCGAUUGACGCGGUGCAUGGAGUAGGUUAAUUGAUAAAUUUGCACGAUAUUUUGGGCUCGCUUGAUUUUUUAUGCAGCUUUCUUUUGACUCUGAGCUUGAUCUAGACAUUGUUUAUUGUAUAAGAAUUGCAAGUGUCCAGAAUUUCAGUAAAAAUGUUGCCAAAUCAAUGAUUUUGUUUGGCGAAAUGCAUAUGUUCAUUGAAUCGAUUGCACCACUUUGAAACCUCAUUUUUUCUUGAUUUAGAGCAUGACUACUAGAUUUUCAUUAAAAUAACAGGCUUAAAUCUGAAAAAUACUGUAAUAUCAAGAAAUUCGCUUCAAAUCAGGACAUUCAUAAAUUAAUCGAUAUAAUUCACGUCAUAUUGAUUUGUUUUUGGUCAGUUCUAGAUUCUAAGCUUAACCAUUAGAUUGUUGACAGAUAUAUCACAUGAAGUUCAAAAUUUACUUUAAAAAUGUCUAAAAAAUAAGAAAAACGCUGGUAGCAUAGCUUGCAGUAAUAAAAUCAAUAAAAUACCAAAAUUUUCCAGUUUUUUCAUAAUUCAGAGUUCAAUUACCAUAUAGUGUACAAAAUGACAUGUUGAAAUUCAAGAAAUAGUGUAAACUUAUGGUGAAUAAUCGAAAACCGGUGAAACUGUUUGUAUUUAUAAAAAAUCGAUACAAAUUGAACUAUUUCCAGUUUUCUUUCGAUAUUGAGCUUGGCUUAAUGAUAAUUAACAGUCUUAAAAUAUAAAAAGUUCAAAAAUCGGUGAAGAUUGCUUCCAAUAAUUGAAAACCGUUGAAGCCAGGAAUUUAAUCUUUCAAUCAUUAAUACUCAUCUUUUAUUAUAUUUUAUCAAUUUUUCUUCUGAUUUUGAGUUUGAGCUAUAGAUUAUUCACAAAAUGAGAUCAAGAAUAUUGAAAAUAUAAUAAAAACUGGAUCUAGAUAUAGAUUUUUGUUUGAGCAGUAGAUACAUGCGCUGAAAAAAUCAAUAUCUUGGUUUCUAGCUUCUGAGCCUUCAGGAAAACUCCAAUCUGGAAUUUAAAUUAUCAAUUUUCAGGCCGUCGAUCGGAAUUGUGCGGUCGUUGGAAUAUGUCAAAACACUCCUCCAACAUCAUCAGCAAGUCAUACAAUUCUUGGAAUGGAAAACCAUCCAACAUUCCAAACAACCCUCCAAACAAUUCGGGACUUCUUGACCACCUUGGAGUUGAAGAAAACUUUCACAUUCAAAAUUCAAAAUUGUCUCGCGCCAAUUGGUAAAGUAUCGAUUUGCAGCAUUUUGGUUGCGAUUUGGAAAUUCAUUUCGAUUUUCCAUGAAGAAGGAGAUCAGCCAAUUGAUACUGCAGAAGCAUUUCAAGCAAGACUUGCGCUAUUUUUCGAAGCGAAAAAUAUCAAAGUCACACAAUCAGAAAUCAGAGCUGUUUUGAAAGGAGGUGAAUCUGCAUAUAUCAACUAUUUUUUGAAAGAUGUCUUUGAUAUUAUUCAAUAUGGAAAAGAAACGUGAGUUUUACAAUAUCUCUUUGUAUUUUUAAAUAUUGAAUUCAUUAUUUUCAGCGCGGUUUCUGCUCAAACUGUCAUUCCAUUCUUCAGAGAAUUUGAUUUGAUUUUUCUCCGUACCGAUAGCAGCAAUAUGGAAGAAUCAUCCGAUUAUUAUUUCAAGCCAAGCUUUGUAAAUGAUUUCAAAAAAGGUUUCGAUGAAUUGGAUUAUGACGAGUUGGACAAUAUGGAUAUCGAUGAUUCCGACUCUGAUUCUGAUCCUUCCGAGUCUUCGAGAAAUGAGUUUCGCGUCAUUUACAAUGUUCUUUCAAGAAUUUCAAAAGCUCGAAUUGAAAGACCACAAUUUUCUGCAUCAACGGUUGAAAAGGAGUUUCAACAAGUUCUCGAAAAACUGAUUGGUGAAAGAUUGGAAGAACAAAUUGUUAGAGGAGGUUAUGCUUCGAAUGAAGGACUUCUUCUGAUUGUUGAUAAACAUGUCUUCGACGAUAGAGACUUUCAUAAACUUCUUGCUGUAAGUUAAUUUUUGAUUUAAUCAAUCAUAUUUAUAAAUAUUUAUAAUUUACAGAACGCUUUCUUGCAAUGUAAAAUACACCCAUCAUUUAUCACCCUCGAAAAAUUGCAAGCUGGUAAAGCCGCCAUUUCUUCAAACCAUAUUGAAAGAGAAAAUGGCCCAAUAACAACUGUAAAUAUCAUUCCAAAUUUUUGCGCUGAACCGUCAUCACCACCGCCGAUUCUACAUAAAUCGUGUCAUAAAACCAUCGAGCAGCGAUGCUUCAUAUUCGAUGAUUCUGUAGAAAUGCCCGAAUAUGAAUCAUUCGCAACAGUAUAA